GCACGCAGCAUGGUACAAGAUAUAAAGGAAAAAGAAAAUAAAAAAGUAAAAAAGUAAAAGCACAAUGGAAGAAAAAGAAAAAAAUGUGGAGGAUUGCAUUCACAUCAAAGGUAGGACUUUUAAAGUUAAAGUUGAAGUUGAAGUUGAACAUCCCUUUCCUUUCCAGUUAUGGGUUUUGGCGCCCUUUAGCACCGCCACUCAUCUCUCUCUUCUUCAACUUCAAAACCCAUUCUCAUGGGUUACCUCUCUUGCAAUGCUGAGUCCGCAAUCGCCACCUGCGAUCCCCACUUCAAGAAACACAAGCCCCUCGCCGCAACACCAAUCCGACACUUCCACUACGCCGACAUCGCCGCCGCUGCCAACGGCUUCUCCGCCGACACCUUCUUGGGUAGAGGAAGUCACGGCAGGGUCUACAGAGCCACCCUCGACGGCGGCAAGCUCCUCGCCGCCGUCAAAACAACAAAACUCGCCGGCACCACCUCGAAGAACCACGCCUCCAAAUGCACCGGUUGCGGCAACUGCACCAGCCCCGCCGAAAACGAGAUCGAGAUCCUCUCCCAAGUCCCCAGCCCCCGCCUCGUUAACCUCCUCGGCUUCAGCACCGACCCAAACGGCAACAAAUUAAUCGUCGUCGAAUACAUGCCCAACGGUUCGCUCCACGAUCUGUUACACUCCGUUAAAAAACCGCCCGGUUGGAGCCUUAGGGUCCGGUUCGCGCUUCAGGUCGCCAAAGCGGUUCGCGAAUUACACUCUUCCAACCCUCCCGUUAUUCACCGUGACGUUAAGUCUUCCAACGUUUUGAUCGAUGAAGAAUGGAACGCGAGGCUCGGUGACUUUGGCCUCGCCUUAAGGGGACACGUGGAGGACGUUCGCGUCAAGUGCACUCCCCCCGCGGGGACGUUAGGGUACCUCGACCCCUGCUAUCUUGCGCCGGAGGAUCUCAGUGCUAAGAGCGACGUCUUCAGCUUCGGGAUCUUGCUCUUGGAGAUAAUCAGCGGAAGAAACGCUAUCGAUGUUAACUUUAGUCCUCCGUCUGUGGUGGACUGGGCGGUGCCGUUGAUUAAGCUCGGCGACUUCGCCGGAAUCUGCGACCGGAGAAUCGGACCGCAGCCGGACCCCGCCGUGCUGCGGCAGCUCGCGGUGCUGGCUGCCAGAUGCGUGAGGUCGACGGCGGAGAAGCGUCCGUCAAUGGCGGAGGUGGUGGAGUGCCUUAAUCUGGCGAGGAAGAGGAAUCGCGCGUCGCCGAUUUGGAACAAUUUGCGGAGGCGCGUGGCGAGCGUGGAGAGCGCGCUUCCGGUGUGGGAGGAGGAGUGUGAUAGUGAUAGGAGUGAGAAAUUUGAGAGGAUGGUGAAGAAAGGUGGGAAAGGGAAAGUAUCGAGUGUGUCGCGUGUAGGGUAUGGGAAUGGGAGUGAGGCCUCCAAUAAUAAUGAUAAAGUGAUGAGGUCAAAGUCCAUUGGUUCUGGUUCUGGUUCGUUGAGAGGGAGUUGGGUUAAAAUGCAACAGCAACAGCAACAACACCAAACGGACAACGGCUUUGGAAGAAGGAAGGUGAGGCUAAAAAAGUCAAAGUCCAUGGGGGUUUUGCAAGGUUCUCUGCUGUUACAUUAUGGCAUCCAGAAUAACAAUAAUGAUGUUCGGGAAUGGCCAAGUUGGAAAAGAAAAUGCUGGAAAAACCGUUAGAAUGAAGGAAUCAUUUGAAUUGGUUGAAGCACAUGUGGGAUUGGAUUGGUUUUGUUUGUUCCUGUUUUAAGAAUCUGAACGGAAGGACCAAUGUUUUUUUGCUUUGAUGCUUUUUCACCGGUCAUUCUACACGACAUAGAGAGAUCAUUCGACCAAAUUUUGUGUCAUUAAUACUUCAGCUCCUAAUCUUUUUCUUUUUUAUUUUGGACAAUGCUGUCUUCUUCCUUUAAUAUUCUUCUAGUGGGAACUUGUGAACUCUAAAGUUGGCAAUGCUCAUUGUUUUCCUUUCUCUUCUUUA